AUGUACUGGCGCCAGCGCUGGUGCUACCAAGUACUCAUACAGGCACUUGAGGCCACUUUUCGCACGCAGUUAUGUCACAGGAACACGACAAUAGCUGUGGUCCAAAAGAGGCAAUGCACAGAUGACUGCAUACAAGGAGAGUGCGUAGAAGGAAAAUGUUUCAACGUUUUUGACGACUUUCUGUAUAUAUCCAUCGAGACCAGCUGUAAGUGUUUCAACGAGCAUGUGAAUCGGCGGUUAAGACUUGCUAAGGACGACCCUUCUUCAGAUGAGGUUUUAGUCAGAGGAAACCUAUUUACAGAGAAGAAAAUUUGGCUGUCGAGAGCGCAGUUAGCUCAUGGAGAUUACAAGAAUUGUGGGACUUAUAAUCUAGACUAUAUAAGGACUCACUAUGAUAUGGAACGCCUUAUGUGGAUAGAAUCGAAGAUCUCGACAGUGUACGGGCCUCGCGCAUGCAUUGUGGUGAGGAAACGCGCAAACUUGGAAGAGAUAGUACUGCUGCCUAUCAGCAAUGCGGAACUAGACAAGAUGUCAAACACAGACAACUCCUUGGUCCUUUUCAGAGAUCAAAUGAGAGGACAAGAACUCGGUGUCUUACACAUGGAUUCUACUAUGACCUUCAAAGUAGUUGUACAAUUAGUAGCCAUAAUAGUUGCGAUAUGGGCUAUCGUGGGAGAAGAAGAACAAGGAAAGAUAGCUGCAUCAGUCAUACUAAUGACAUUGAUGAUAACAGUAGCCAACAGAUUACCCGAGGACAUAAAACUCGCGGACUUACACUGGUUGGGGAAAGAUGCGAAGAGAAACCUAAAUAUUGCAAUGGUUUCGGUCGGGAUAGGGCGACAGACAUUUGGAGAUCAAGGGACACGUUGGUCUCGCCACUCAUACCACGGCAAGGAGGAGGUCGGCACUAUUGACAGGGUUGAAAACUUAUUCCUCAAUAGAUCUGUGGUAAUACGGGAUAGGAUGCUGUGCUUCUCAAGGCGCGGUCUAUUCGUACCCAUUUCAGAAUUCCAAAUAAGAGAUGGAGUUGCGUACAUCACCCGUUGGGAAGAGUGUAGCCCUCGAACGGCUGGCAAUUGGAUACCGGCGUUAGGCCAGGCGAAUGACUACAGUAGUAUAGGAACUUGA